AUGCUCUCCCGAAUCAGCCGUGCUCGUCCGUCCAGCCCCAGCCUGCAGCGCCUUGUGCGCAGCUUCUCCGAGGACUGCAGCAGCGGGUCCUCGCGGCUUAUCAAGCCCACGAUCGGCGAAAUCCCGCGCUACACUGAGCCGAUUGGGCUUGUGUCGCCCGAGACUGCUGCGCCGUUCCUGCGGUUCUCAGACAAGUACCUCUCAAAGGGGUUUGACCCGAACGAUAUGUACCUGCACCCGGGCUUCAUAACCGACGCCGAACACACCUUGCUGGUGAAGAACUGCGAGAAGAAGCUGCGCCGCCUUGCAAGCUCCUACGAGAUGGGCCAUUUCGACAAGCGGAUCCACAACUAUCGCGAAUGCUCGUCUGCCGGCUGGUCGACUGUGGGCAAGUACGACGGCCAGAUCCGGUCCAUUCUCGACCGCGUGUGGGACUUGUUCCCCGCGAGCCUUGCCUGGCUGCCACCGCACAUCCUCGACUUGCACCAGGACGGCGAGAUCCUGCCGCAUGUCGACAACCCAGACUACUCGGGAUUCGUGGUCGGCGGGCUGUGUCUGCUGGGACCUGCUGUGAGCACAUUCAAGCAUGUGGAUGAUCCGGAGGUGCGCGUCGACGUGCUGCUGAAUCCCAACAGCCUCUACUUUAUGACUAAUCACAUCCGGUACCAGUUCACACACGAGAUAACCGUGGACCCGGCCCAGCGGUCGUGGGGCGGCAAGGCGGUCCCGCAGUCGCGGCGCAUCUCGCUUAUGUUCCGCGACGCGAAGGAGCCGUCGGGCGGGUGGCAGAGCAUGGCCCAGAACGUUGCUGGCAGGGCGUAG